GUUAUUCUGCAAGCUGCAAUAGUACAGGGGACAGCUCUCUAAAUAUUAAGACAAUUCCCUGCCCUCCACGAAUCCUCGAUGUGUACGCGACAUGUGAGAAUAAUUCUGGCAUUAUACAUUGGGAAAUGAGCCCCAAUGCCAGAUCAUACAAGGUCAUCGCGACAGGACAUAGUGACACCCUGCAGUGCAACACAUCUGACACGUCAUGCGUGCUCCAGAACCUGGAAUGUGGGCAGAAUUACACGGUGACAGUAUGGGCAGAGGAUGGCACAUGUAGAGGACCUGAGAGCCCUCAAGUAACGUUUAAAUCUGUUCCCUGCCCUCCACGAAUCCUUCAUGUGUUUGCAACAUGUGAUAAUAAUUCUGGGAUUAUACAAUGGGAAAGAGACCCCAAUGCCAGAUCAUACAAGGUCAUUGCGACAGGACAUAGUGACACCCUCCAGUGCAACACGUCUGACACCUCGUGUGAGCUCCAGAACUUGGAAUGUGGGCAGAAUUACACUGUGACAGUAUGGGCAGAGGAUGGAACAUGUAGAGGACCUGACAGCCCUCAAGUGACAUUUCAAUCAGUUCCGUGUAUUCCUCAAAAUAUUAGCUCAGCUGUGAUAUGCGGAGUGAAUUCACUGCUUGUCACCUGGAAUGCCAGCUCUGGAGCUACUGGCUAUUCUGCAACAGCUGUGGGAAGUCAAGGUCAACUUGUCACGGCCAACAUUCUAGAACCCACAUGUCUUUUACCCAACCUGGAAUGUGGGCAGGUUUAUAACCUGACUGUACUGGCCAUGAACAAUCAAUGUAAAAGUGCAGAGAGCCCCGUGUUGGAGAUUGUAUCAGCUCCUUGCAGUCCACUACACCUGAUGGCUUCACCUCAGUGUUCGCCACUCGGAGCGUCAGCCUCCUGGGAAUCCAGCGUUGGAGCAAAGUCGUACACUGCUACAUUUAUAGGAAUGAAUGGAGACAGAACAUCCUGCAGCACUAAUGACACCUCGUGUUCAGUGUCUGGAUUACAUUGUGGCCAGGUUUAUAAUGUCACCACUACAGCCUAUGAUAACAACUGCUUCAGCUCAACCACAAACAUUACACAGAUAUCAUCAGCUCCAUGUGUUCCAACCAAUGCGGAGGUCAAGAUAGACUGCGAUGGAAAUCUUCUAAAUGUCACUUGGAGCCCCAGCCAGGGGGCUGAUUCGUAUACGGUCAAUGCCACAGGAAAGAAUGGCCAUACACUCUACUGCAACACUACGACCAAUGGAUGUAACAUCGUCAAUGCACACUGUGGAGAUACCUAUUUAAUUUCACUCACAGCUCACAACAAGGACUGCAGCAGUGAUGUGCUUACAGUGGGAAAUUUUAAUGCAGUUCCAUGUAUACCAGAUCAAGUUGUGGUGAGCAUUGACUGUUUAACAAAUGAAGCACUGGUUUCCUGGCAAAACACAAAUAUUUACCAGACUUACUACACAGUGUUUGCCCGUAAUAUUUCUGACAAUGAGUUAUCGUGUUCUAACUGGUCCUCUUCCUGUGCUAUUCCUGGUUUGGAGUGUGGACAGGAAUACAGCUUUUGGGUGACUGCUGGGAACCGGAAUUGUCACUCACUCCAGAGCAUGGUCUACAAGGGAAUGACAGCUCCCUGUGUCCCCCCUGAACUUCGUGGCUCUGUGUCCUGUGACACUCAUUCAGUGACUGUGUCGUGGGAUUCUGCUCGUGGUGCAGAUACAUACACCAUCAAUGCUCACGAUGGCCAGAACGAGAGUUUGUGUGUCACCUCAAAUACCUCUUGUGUAUUUAAUGAUCUCCUGUGUGACAAUGACUAUCAGUUCACAAUAACUAGUUCCUCAGCUAGCUGCAAUAGUACAGGGGACAGCUCCCUACAUAUUAAGACAAUCCCUGACAAUUAA